AUAGGAUGGACCAUGUUCCCCGUCUAUCAGAGGUCCUGUAUGCUGGUCUGUGUUGUAAGAUAGGGACACCGACAGAAGUGGCCAUCAGAAGGGACGUGAGGGACAUGGAGGAGAUGAUACAGAAACCUAUUAGUAUGAUUAGAGGAUUUGGAACGAUUAUGAGUGGUAGUUAUAGAGAAGGAUUAAGGUUGAAAUCAUCUGACAGGGAUAUGAUGAUAUGGCCUUGUAAUUAUAAACUAAUAACUGACAUAUCUCAGUUCCACUCCUACAAUACAUCAAAACACACUACUGUUCUAAUGGAAGAUUUUGACACACCACCAGGGUUUGUCAGACUUCGCCUUCUGACAUCCCCACGAGACAGUAUCACGAGGUCAAGUCGUAUUCCUUUCAAUAACGCGUUUUAUAUAUCCAGUUCUUUGUGGAGAGAAAACCAAUUUCAGUUUUAUAUGGAAAACAAACAUUUUCCACAGAAAAAAAUGACCAUCCAUGGUCCCUGUGCCAGCGGUUUCGAAGGAUCUGUUGAAUUUGAUCAUGCUCUCUGUUUGCCCACAAUAUAUUGGCCUAAACUAUUUAUAGGUUGGAUGGACAGAUGUCAGAGACAUACCUGGCCGCCUGCACCUGUUUUAGAAAAUAUUCUAAGAAAAGGAUGUCACUGUGUACCUAUUGGAAGUAAAACUGUAUCAACUUCCACUGAAUUAGAAUGGAGAUUAUCGUUUUCUCAAGCAGAACAACAACUAGUAUGUUCUAUGAAUCAUACACAAUUUAUGUGUUAUGGUCUUCUAAAAAUAUUUCUGAAGGAAGUUAUCAAUUACAGGAAGGACCCAUUACUCUGUUCAUAUUUCUUGAAGACCACAGUGUUCUGGAUAAUUCAGUUGGGACAUAUUAUAUGGUGUCCUAACAAUUUACUAGAUUGCUCCUGGAAGUGCUUUAAAUAUAUCAUUCAUUGUGUUUAUCGUGGAGUUUUCCCCAAUUUUUUUAUUUCACAGAACAAUAUGUUCAAAAACAAAGUAGUCGGAGGUGCACGUGAAUCUCUUUUACAACAACUUUAUCAGUAUUAUAGAAUGGGUGUGGGAUGCCUACUGUAUAGUCCAACUCUCAGAUUAAUCCUAGAACCGGCCCUCAGUAGCCCACUCUUUGUAUUAUCAUCUACUAAGGGUGAAUCUAUUUUUAUUGCAGAUGAAGAUAUGUGUGCUAUGUUUGAAAUAUUUACGACACCGUUUCUUGCUGAAAAUAUAUCGGUUUCCAUUCUCUUCUUGAAAUCCAUUGAUGCACUAUCAGGCGAAGGACUAUUAAUCUCACCAUACCAAUCAUUAACAAUACAGUUUUGUACAGCUAAGACACUCAUCCAUUUAGCCUUCGCAAUAGCAAAUAGUGUUUCAUGUUGUUCACACAAGAAAAAUUACAUCAUAGAUAGAAAGAUAUGCAAUAUGUUGCAACUGGCAGCAAGGUUAGGUCCUAUGUCUAAUUUACUGUAUCUUGCAUCGUAUUAUUAUAGGACAGGAAGAUAUGAUAAAACAUUACGUAUCACUUAUUUCACUAAACAAAAACUGUCGUCGGACUUCAUUAUGUAUAACGGUACUAUCGACAGGCAGAAGUACAGUGAAGCUGUAGGUAAUCUUCCUUUGUUUAAAAGGAUGAAGAAAGCCUGGGUGACAGACAUGACUGAAGUCGAUUUAUUUCAAAAUAUCCCAUUUAUUGAAGAACUAAGUUUAGAACAAAAAGUAAGUCAAGAAAAUGCAAAGCCAAUCUUAGUGUUAUCACCGAUUUUUAUGAUAGAGAUAUUAUCAGUAUUAUCUCACUAUAGACUAGGUAAUACAUCUCAGUGUUUACAGUCACUGACAGACCUACAGACACUGCUGCUCUAUGAUGAUGGGAAAUAUGUUUCUUUAAAUUUGAGAGACAUAUCCUGGCAGAUACUUGGGAUCUGCCAGCACACUGUGGGAGACUUACACGGUGCUUUACAGUCUUUUAAAGAGUCGCUCAGACAGAAACCAUUCCACAAAAUACGAGAAGCUACAUAUAUUAGAAUAAGAUGUGUCAAACAACAAUUAUACAGAAAUAUGCAAGCAUAG